AUGACAAAAACCUCUCGCAAGUCAAAGAAAAAGAUACUUUAUGAAGACGACGCGGAUGCAGCAGAUAUCAUCACAUACGAAACACAAACCAGGACUACACGUACUGGGAGAAAAGUCAAUGAGUUGGUUGAAGUUCCAUUAACCAUCGCAGAGCGAUAUCACGUUCAAGAGGGUCAACUGCCCUCAGUCUCUGUAGAUGACGAUGGAGAUGAUACACAAAGAGAUUAUAUCCUGCAGUUUGUUGAGAGGGUGGACGAUCUGCUUGGAGCUUUAUUGAGUAGAGAAGCUCUUAAAGUGCCAGUGGAGCAAUCCAUUUGUACACACUGCGAGGCCAACAAUAUUGCAACUUGGCGCUGUCGUGACUGCAGUCUCCCGGUUGUUAUGUGUCGAAAGUGCAUGCGAGAAAGCCAUAAAUCCAAUCCCAUGCACAGGAUUGAGCAAUGGAUAGGUACUCAUUUCCGAUCCGCGGAACUGUGGGAGGUAGGCAUGUAUCUAUUAAUUCCCCACCACUCUGGAGAGGCCAUAUGCCCGUCUUUAAAAGCUCGGAUACAGUUUUUGGAAUACCUCGAGGAACCCAAAGACAGGUCAGAGCAAGCCCAGCUCAGGACUGUUGACCUUAGUCAAGCUCCCUGGAGGUCUGAGGAGCAAACACCGACCGGCGGUGAGAAUUCCGACAAUCCGCUUGACAAUGUCGAACCAGAAGCAGAGCCUGGAAAUCAUGGCCCAUCCGAUGCAGAAUUUGAGCAGCUAUUGGACGGCCUACUUGAAGACCCAUCUAUGGAGUUACCGCCUGAUGUUUUGGAUGAAGAUGACGAGGAUACGGCCGUUUUAAAUGGGGACUCCAAUGUCAGGAAUAUUCCUCAAUAUCUGCAAUAUCCGACAGGCCCGAUACCAAAUGCUUCGAUGCACGCUGGUCAAGUACCUACAGCAGAUGGUCUUAACAACUCCUAUGUUCGUGUUGUUCACACCAAUGGUUUACAUCACCUAGCUAUGGUAUCUUGCGUUUGCCAUGGCUCCAAUACAUUACCGCUUGACCUUAUGGCAAGCCGACUGUUACCCACGAGUUUUUACCACACCCGCACAUUGUUCUCUGCUCACCUGCUGGACUACUUUCGGUUAUCAAACUUGGAACUCAAAGCAUCUGCAUACCAGUUUUACUCAUUGCUCAAGCGCAUAACAAAUCCCAUGGCACCAUCUAGUGUUGUUGAUCUCUAUAAUGAAUUCCGCAGAAUGUCGCGGUUAUGGAGAUGGAUGAAGAGGUUAAAGUGGGCGGGAUUUGCAGGUCAUAAUGGUAAAAGUGCCCUCAAUGUCGGAAAAGGUGAAUUGGCAAACUAUUGCCCUACCUGCCCCCAGCCAGGCGUCAAUAUCGACCCUAACUGGAAAGAUGACCCUAAUCGAUGGGUCUAUAAACGCAUUUUUGUUGCCGAUGGAAACUUUAAAGCCGACCAUGUACGAUCGGAAAAGCCGUCUCGGGAUAUUUGGUUGUCGGAAGGUGGGGGUAUGAUGCCUCCAAGGGAGGAGUACCAUGAAUUCUUAAGGACCGCUAUUGAAGCCUUGACUGGCGCACCCUGCGAAAACACCUUUCGUGCUAUUCAAAACUCGCUGUUAUCAUCCUCGUCAUGCGAUGUUACAGGCAUUGUCGGAGUUGCGUGUGCCCGACAUGGUUGUUAUGCCCCUAAUGCUCUUGUCAACCUCUUUAAAGGUGAACAGCAAAAAAAUGUGGACUUCGCCUUUCUUGCGGCCCUUCGCUCUACUGGUGUUCACCCCGACCAGGGAACAAUGAUGAUCUACGAUAUUAUUUGCCAGUAUAUCAUCCACCUCUUGAAGCGGAUUAAGCAUCAUCUCCCAGAUGGAUUCAAAAUUGAUCGAGCCAUUGGUAUGUUUCAUGUGCAUGCUCAUAAAGACGAAUGCUUCUUCCGAUAUGCACCAACCUUUAUUCCCGGGGCGGCUUGUGUUUGUGGUGAAAUUCUGGAGUCGCUCUGGGCGGACUUGAACUCCAUCUCCCCAGCUGCGCGUACAGCAACAUUAGCACAUCGGACUGAAAUUCUUGAUGACCAUGCAUCGGACUCUAACCACAAGAAGGCUCUGGGAAUUACAAAGUAUCUUUGCAGGCGACAUCUAGAAUCGGUAAAAGCACGAGAAACAUAUCGGAUCUCUUUUUCCAACUUGACGAAGGCUGCCGAUCCCGAUGCCCUUAAACUUUGGACGAAGCAGAUUGAAGAUGCCGAAGCUCGAAGAUUGGAGGAUGCGACAGUCAUGGACAUAUAUGCUGCAAAGCGCCCAGGACGCACUAGUUCAACAAAUCAAGAAUCGGACUGUUCCACGGAAUCAUUGACUCCAAUACAGUCAUGGAUACAAUUUGCAUUGCUAAUUGAGGAGCGACAACUUGAUAUUCGCGUCCGUGCAAGGAGACUUGUGAAUCAUGAUCGACUUACAGACCGAGUCAAAUUACAAAAGCUUCGGGAUGCACUAAAACCCCUUUUAUCCCAACUUGCGCUGCUUCAAGCCAAUGCCGGAGUGGUUACAACCGCGGUGCAUGGACGUGGAUUUUCCGAGCAACUCUUUGUUGAUUGGGAGGAUGAUGAAGAUGUUCUUGCUCCAGGAUCAGCUCCGCCAGUAUAUGAAGCCAUUGACAAGCAAAUAUUAUGCUUACCAUCUAAUGGAACAGCGGAUAAUGUCUAUGUGCCAUAUGAACUUCAAGCACGAAUUUUACAAGCGCGAAGCCUCCUCAAUCAGCUUCGUGAACGCAUAGCGGAGAGAUCUUUCCAAUACUCCGAUGUUAUCCGACAUGCACCCAGAAAAGGUGUCCGUACAAGGGGUUAUACAGCGGCAAAAGAGCUCAGAGACCAGAUCUCUUUGCAUGCACAAGCGUAUUCGCAUUGUAGAAGCUGUCUUGUACAGCUUGGUGCCGAUGAAAGUACUCUUCGGGAAUUUCGAGUUUUAACAAAAGAAGACGUUAGAUCUAGCACAGCAGUAAUCAAUCCAAAUAUUGUUGGAUCAACAAAGUUCCGCUUGUCCUGGAUUUGGUACUCGGUCAACCAGCGUCUUGGACCAAGAUGGACACUUGACCCUAAUGCCGACACCGCCGCAGAUCCCUAUAGUAUCGGAGAAGAUGCCGAUCCCGCUACUGUUCUUGAAUUUAAGCGUGUACAUUGGCUACGAGCAAGAGCAUUGUACAACCGCUGGCUUGAAGAAGAAACAUUGGUUCGCUAUGAAAUGAGUGAAAACACCCCAACCAUGCGCAUCUUCCGUCAACCGUCUGUCCUUGCAAUGGACAAAGCGCCUACAAUUCGACCAUUCCGUGCCUUUGACCUUCAGUACGGAGCAAACCCGCAACACCACGAGUUUUUGCAAUCAGUCGUUUUUUGCGCCGGAUCUAGGUUUCGUGAGGCCUUGAUCCAUGUCUUGCAGAGCUCUGGUCAGAGGCAAAAACGGUGGAUGCAACAGGCCCUUCAACGGGAAUUAAACUGGGUCUUGCGAUGCAUUGGUCGGGCAUAUGCCAUCGGAUUUAACAUAGAGAUCCCGCUCGUAAUUCGCUGUCUGGCGGACACUUUGGGGUCGGUUUCGGCAGACCACCUCCCUCUGGAUAUCGACAUGUCCUUUGCCGAAUUCCUCGCUAGCGGAACUCGGGAUUGGGCAUUUGACAAGCGCGUUGAAUCUUACAGUCACGACUGGUGGAAUCGUAAUAGUGCCCCACAGCCAUCGGAGCACUUGGGUACUGCAACCGUCAGUGAAAUCCUCACCCGUCACAAAGCAGAAUUUUACAAGACAUUUGAUCCCGAGCCGACGACCACUUUUGACGAGUUACUCAAGACGCAUAUUGGCACCGGCAAGGUUACCAACGUCCCGCCCAACAUGCCUCUCAUUCACCCAGUUCAAGUUAUUCUCAAUAACAUCGGAGAUACGUGUAACGCCUGCGAUGCCUUCCAAAAUCUUUCUAUUGAAAGUAUUCAACAGUUGAGCAGUUUUAAAAACCACACUUCCAUUAUGUUCAGUACUGCCGACAACACCCUUGACCUUAUUUCUCGGCGUGCGAUUGGAUUCUUUGAAUUGUAUGAAGCUGCUAAACGUGCGGCGGACUUGACUCAAGGCCCCGACACAAUGGACUCCGAAAAUCCCGCUUCAAAAUGGACCUGGGGUAGACAACUGACCACCAAGGAGGUCUGCUUACUUGGGGCGGGAAAGAAGGCAUCCCACUCUGGAUAUGCGGAGAGUCUUCGUGAUGGCAAGUUACCUUCGCGGUCUGUUCAUGAAGCUUCUCACUCCGCCCACGCAUCCGACACCUUUGAAUCCGUCCCCUCUGUGGUGAUGGAAACUCAUGAUUCUAAGGAUCCGAUCAAGCACCCUCAAUACUUUGAAGACGGUACAGACACUGGGUCGAUUGCCAGCAUCAUCGAAAGGGCGGCAACUACAUAUGAAUCCGAUUCCGAUGACUCCGAUGCUGGAAAUGCAGGUAUUGCUAACAAUGAUGCAAUGGCUCAGGCUCCUCAGACAGUAGCAGAGCUACUGGCGCAAGCGGAAUACAUCAGCUCCGACGACGACGACAAUGAAGACAUGCAUGGGGAAGAGGAUGGGGACAAGGGCAAGGACACAGAUACAGGGUUGAAGAGGCAGAAUGCCGAUAACAAUGGUGCCGAUAGGAGGACUAAACCCCGCAGGUCAGACGCUCCGACCGUCGAAGAUACAGACACAUCUCAGAUGACUGCGUACUUCACUAAGAACUUUUUCUCUAAUCAACUCGAUGAGGGUCUUUUUGAAAUGGAUGCGGAAGAGGAUGAAGAUGCCGACGACGUUGAGGAUACCGAUACCGACGAGGACAAAGACGCAGAUACCGACGAGGAAAGUGUUAGUGAGGAUAGGGCUAUGGAAGAGUAG